AUUCGAAGAAGGCGACGCUUCGAUAGACAACAAAGACUUCCACAAGAGGAUCUGCUGACAAAUAAGCGAAGAAACAAGGAAGAAGAAAUCACCAACCCGGUCAACAAAAAACAAAGAACAAAGAACAAAAGCCAAACCUUUGAGCAAGCGSAGCCUGGGCUGUGUUGUUUUCUGACCUUUUGUGCAGAGCCAUCGACGAAUUCUGUCGCAAAUACGAGUGCCCCCCUUCCCAAAAUCGAAGAGUCUCGACGCCGCACACGAAUCAAGCACCAUGGUGUCGAACCAACGAACACGGAAGGAGAAUCUGCCGUCGUUCGUCCGGACAAUCUUGCUGAUGUGGCUGGCGUCGUUUGUUUCAUGGACCACCACGGCAGAUGCCCAGCAAGAAGCAAAGGCCUCGGCUCCGAAGUACGUCCUGGUGGAGGACCACAACCACGUCGUCUCCCACCUGGUGGAGUUCGCGAGGGACGGAACCCUCCGCUCCCACUCGGAUCAGGCCUCCGUCGAGGCCGAGAUCAAUCCCAACGGGGCAACCCUCGUGCACAUCGACAGCCACGCGGACAUGGGCCUGACGGUCGGCCUCUUGGAAAUACCAUCUAGAAACCUCCGGACCGUCCUCCCCUCCCUCGAAACCGCGACCGCGCUGCAGCUCAUCGAGCACUCGGUGAUCAACGACUUUCUUCUGCUGCUGGGAUACAUGGGAAUCGUCGAACACAUUGUCUUUGUCGAACCGCCCUGGUCCUUCCUGCUGAACGAGGCCCACUACACAACGAUCGAAAUCAGCAUGGUGCUCGUCGACAACAAAGACCACGAGGACGAAAGGAUCCUGUACGCGAGCCUCCGGAACUCGGACAGAACCACCUUUUCUACACCCGUCACAAAGGAUAUACUCUUGGAUGUUGCCUAUGCCCUGGACGACGAGGACGAGUCGGUGAAGGUUGUUCCCCACGCCGUGCUCCUGAAGAUGAGCGGCGGGGAGCCGAUUCGCACCGUCCGGUUUACCACCCUCCCUUACGAGGGCGCGGUCGCAUCGAUCCGGAAAUUGCUCGACGCCGAUGGCGACGAGCAGAAGGACGUUGUUCUGGACGUAGAUCUCGACGCCUUUUCCACCACGUCCCCGGGGGCGCUUUCCGUCCUGCAGACUUUUUUCCACGAGGAAGACACCACCGACGUUUUGACGCGGAUCUUUCACACGGUUCACGGAGAGGCGGUGUGCGAUUUCGAUGCUUUGUACUGGACGCGCCUCAUCGAGSAAAGCACCAUCGGCAACGAGGAGGGUGCCGGUGUUGAGGUCUGCCAAAACGACAGCAUGAGCUACGUGUAUGGCGAGUCCUUUUCACCACCGUCUAGCACCGACGACGAUAUGAGCUCGCUGGUGCACCGAAUCGUUUCCGAUCGGGCGAAUGGUAUCGUCGAGGCACUGGAUUUGUAUCCCUCGAUGGAGGACGAAAUGGUGGAGGAGCUAGGGAUGGUAAUAGAGUUCUACCUCCCGUUUCUCAAAGAUCACGGCCUCUACGAUGACAAAAUGCUCGUCAAGUUGCUGGAUUCCUUCAUGAUCCAGCCGUUCUACGUGCCAACCGAUCAGGAGACCAUAAAACUGACCAUGGACUUUUACUUUGACGUCCUCUUUCGAGGGAUCUUUGGGGAGAGAAAGGGCAAAGCCGGCAAUGGAAACGUUCCUGGCCGGAUCCCAAAGGUAGUAAACAUAGUUCGGUCCCCCUUUUACAUGCCCGAUCAGCAUCUGGAUUAUGUCGAAUGCGAGGCAUUUAGGCGAUUCCUGAAGCUUUUUGGGCAGGAUGCAAACGGUGAGGAACAAAGCCGGCCUCUGCUCUAUCAUUCCGACGAGGUGGACCCCGACCGGACCGGUUGCCUGCAUCUAGAGGACAUGCUGCCGGACAAGCAGCGAUUCAGUAUUGGAAAAAACGAACACAUCAAUCCCGAAGACUGGACCACUACAACCAAAGCGUAUGCUUGGUUCUUUGAGCCCGGCGAUGACGAGUACAAGUCGGAUCCAAUCUCUGUCGAGUUUAUAAACGAGCACAAAGAGCCCCUCGUGGUCACCGCCAAGGACGGCAACAGAACCGUGGAUUUCCGUGUUCCACCUGGAGGAACGGUCACAAGCGAGACCGACCACUUGUCCAAGUGGAGGAUCCGCUCGGAGAGGGACGAUAGCACCUCGAGACUGCCAAUCAAGAAAACAGUCUUUUUCAGCGGCAAAAACGGCAAGCGACAAACCUAUGGGUCGGUUGCCGGGAACGUCCCGGUCCAUCACUCGACACCCGUGACACUGGAGGUUACCAAUCCCGCCGGUAGCGGCGUGGACAUUGAGCUCCGCCCGGUGGAUACAGCGGAAGCCAGCAGGGGCGAGGCCGGAAACCAAACAGCGUUUGACUUGACCUUAUCCCAGGGGUUCGUUAUGACGAUGCGUGCCUUCCAUGGAGAGCGCUGGUCGGUCCACAACGUUUCGAAUCCCGACGCACUCGAGCACCUCGGCGAAGUGGUGGCCAACGCCACCCUCGGAGACAUCCACUCGGUGGUUCUCUUUGGCGAGGACGGGGGGGAAGCCGGCGGUGAGCUGUAGCGCCAAGAGGAAAAAGCGACGUGCGACG